AUGUCGCUUUUCAUGCCGACUUCGAAUACUACGAACACAGGGAUCAAGAUCGUGACCCUUUCUCAGGCACAAGGCCUUACCGCAGUCAUCAACAUCUUCUCUCCAGAGGGUAGAUUGCUAGGUUUGCUUAGCGCAAACGAAGUAACUGCCUUCCGUACUGCACUUGCGGUUAUGACACUAUUUGUUCGUUGCAAUUCCCUGAAGAAGGAGAGAAUUGUGAUCUUUGGCUCUGGAAGACAGGCCGAGUGGCACGCACGGCUUGCGCUUCUCCUCGUCCCGGAUCAGGUCCGCAGCGUUACCCUUAUAAACCGGGGUCGUAAGAGGCUGGAUGAAAUGAAGGAUAUUAUUGCAGAGCUGCAAUCCGCUCACCCUGGUGUUACAUUUACAACACUCGCAAAAGAGGAUACGCCUAACUAUCAAGAACAACUGCAGGCUGCACUAGCAGCAUGCGACGUUAUCUUUAGCUGUACGCCUUCUACGGAGCCUAACUUCCCCUAUGCCUACCUCCAGCCAUUCAAGCAGCGAUUUAUCUCUCUCAUUGGUUCCUACAGACCUCAUAUGAAAGAGAUUGAUACGGAAACUCUCCUCUCGGGUGGGAGCCAAAUCUACGUCGACUCGAAGGAGGCAUGCCUGGAAGAAUCGGGCGAGCUGAUCGAUGCGCACGUCAAAGAAGACCAGUUGAUUGAGAUUGGAGAAAUAUAUGGGAAGCUCGGGAAAUCCGAGCCGAUCCCUGUCUCGGACACGCAUAACGUGGUAUUUAAAUGCGUGGGCAUGGGAAUCAUGGAUCUCACCAUCGGAAAGACCCUAUUGGAUCUUGGUAAAGAACAGGGAUUGGGGAUGGAGUAUAGUAAAGACGCCGUUCAGUUGUACAGAGACAGUAUCCGAUAUAUAUAUAUAGAAUCCAUUUGCAUAUACGGAGUAGAUAAGAGGAAUGGAAAUAUAUACUUCGUACAAUUCGGUUAUCUUCUCAUGCGGGGCGGUGUAAUGAAUAGAGAAAAUUAUGUCACUAAACUAACCUGGUCUACCAACACCAGCUGGACUCGGUCAGCAGAAACGACCCCGCGUCUCCGAAGAAAACCGCAAAAGAGCUGUUCGAGCGUAAGUAGCUGUCGCACAUGUUUGCGUUAUCGCCGCCAAUGCGUUUUCACACACCCCGACCAUGCGGAGAAGAUUGCUCGGUCCUCGUCGAUCUCUCUCCUCGAACGGAAUGCCGGCCUUAGUCGACAGAAUCUGGUGGAUUCGGAACGAAUUCGGUACAUGGAACGGAUCCUUCAGCAUUAUGUUCCGAACAUCUCAUUUGAUAUUCAGUCCCUCCGUAAAACCGCCGAGGAGCUAAAGCAUCGACAUCGUCAUUCUUUCACAGAUGCAAGCCCUUCGGUUCGCCUUGACGAGGAGGAUUUCGAGGAUUUGGCCAUCGACGAUGAGGAUUAUAUGGUGAAAGCUUUACCCGAUAAUACAACACAAUAUUCCGGAGAGUUUUCCUAUCUGAACUUGUCUAUGAAAAUUCGACAGAAGAUAGAUGAAUGGAUGAAAACAGCAGCACCAGAGGCGUCUACCGAAACAGACCCAUUUGAAGAGCGAUGGCGGGCGACACAGCUCCAAUCGGGUUCCUCCUUAGUGUCGGCGUCGGUGACGUGCCUACCACCACGUUUCGUAGCCGAUUUUCUCGUUCAAAUAUUCUUCAAAUAUGCGCAGACCAAUAACUUCUAUGUCGAAGAAGACUGGAUACGAGAGAAGUUGAACAUUUGUUAUACUAACCCAUCGAGCCUUUCUUCCAAUGAUGCUGGCUCCGUAUGUUCGAUACUUAUGGUCCUGGCCGUUGGGACACAGUUUGCUCAUAUGGAGUCGGCCAUUCCCGUCAACCGGCCGCCCGUCGACCUAUCGUCGAUGGAGGAUCAUCACUUCUCGGAAGAUGAAGUCGGCUUGACGUUCUAUCAGUUCGCUUCGAAGCUGGUUCCAGAUAUCCUUGCAACAGUCUCCAUCCGGAGCGUACAGGCUUGCUUAUUGAUCGGAACUUAUUUAUUGCCUCUCGACACCUCGGGCCUUUGCUAUACCUACUUUGGUCUAGCCCUUAAAAUGGCUAUUCAGAAUGGCAUGCACCGGAGAUACCAGGGUGAAGGACUCUCCCCUCGAAUGAUCGAGGUCCGCAAUCGAGUUUUCUGGACAGCUUAUACUAUUGAAAAACGUGUCAGUAUUCUUCACGGGCGACCCGUAUCUUUGUCAGAUUCGGAUGUGGAUGCUGCCAUGCCGGUUGAUUUUCCGGGCUUGAACCUAACGGGGCAGGUCUCAAAUCAUACUAAUAUGGUGACGUUGAUCACUCUAACUCUCAAGCUUGGCGAAGUUGCCAAUGAGAUGGGUCAACAGCAGGAUUGCCUUGAACGACUACUCAAUUUGCGGAAGAACCUCGUCGAUUGGUGGGCUACACUGCCAGAAGAGACCAAUUGUCGAGAUUUGAACCCUUCAGGACCACUAUUCCGCUCGAAUGUUCACUUGAAACUAGAUUACUGCCUGACUCGCAUUUUCCUUGGGCGCCCAUUCCUAUUCAGCAACAUGAAGAUACUCAGUGCAGCCACACCUCAAGCCCCACCGUUUAAGACACCUUCAGGUGUAUCAAAGAAUAGGUCGACACUUAUCACAGAUUGUGUAGAAGCUGCUCUCGAAAUUAUUAAUCUCUGCCAGCUACUCCGAGAUGAGUCCGGUCUUGCUCGGGCAUCGUUCACUGAAUUUAGCUCUUGCCGAGCUGCUCUCCUUGUUAUCCUCGCACAGAGUUUGACGAAGCGAACCGAACGGUUACGUGAAGCGCUUGAAAAAGGCAUGGUCUUAAUCAAGAUUAUGUCCAUGGGCGUGGGAUCUGCACGCUCUGCUGUUAGUGUAAUUGAGACUCUCGAGAGAGCCAUUCGCCGUCUCGAAGAUUGGAGUGAAAGACAAGCACCGGACAAUCCUGGUUCAAUGGAGUCAGCAUAUGAUCGCUUCAAGAAUUGGGAGAUGCUCUGGAAAACUGGGCCAAUGUCACCCGAGCUUGUUCCUUUCCAAGAGCAGUAUCCGGCUGGGAGGAGCAGCAUUCCACCAGUCCCUGUUACUCCAAUGACCGGCACUUCUGGUGGCAACGACCCUAUGGAAGGUGACGUCGCAAAUACAGAGAUUACCACAUUAUCGGACUAUUCCGCCUCUCAUGCAGCUUCGUUACCCCCGAUGCCUCGUUUUGGUUUUGAUCAUUUUGUGUCCAACUUCCCGCAAGAAUUGGAUGAGUUUACCGCCAUCCCCUGCUUCGAACCCGAUGCGCAGCAAAACCUCUCUAGCGACAUCCACAAUCCUGAUACUAAGUGGAUGCAAUUUACCAGUGAUUGA